AUGCAUGCCGAAAAGAUCACUGCUGCUUAUCACACUAAAAGAGGCGAAUUCUCUGACGUCUCAGACCAUGAUGGAGAAUCUAUUCAGGGGCCCUCGCGCCACACCCUGCAACGUAAACUCAAGAAUCGUCACAUAUCCAUGAUCAGUAUUGGCGGUGUCAUCGGUACUGGUCUUUUUGUUGGAACUGCAGACUCCUUAGCGAAUGGAGGCCCCGUCGGUCUAUUGCUGGGCUACACGGUCAUGGGCUCCAUUGUCUAUUGCGUCAUGAUCACUUUGGGAGAAAUGGUUGCUUACCUGCCUAUACCUGGUGGUCACAUCAAACUGGCCGAGCGCUUCGUUGACCCUGCGUUCUCUUUUGCUAUGGGUUGGAAUUACUGGUUCAACUGGUCGAUUACUUCCGAGAUUUCUGCCGCUGUAGUAUUGAUAAACUUUUGGACUCACAGUGUCAAUAAUUCAGUAUGGGUCGUCAUGUGUAUUGCCGUCGUUCUCACCAUCAAUAUGUUCGGUGCUAGCGCUUACGGCGAGGCGGAAUUCAUAUUUGCAUCCAUCAAGGUCAUCACAAUCACUAGUCUUAUUAUUCUCGGUAUAGUCAUCGACCUGGGAGGUGGCCCAAACCAUGACCGCAUUGGAUUCCGCUACUGGAAAAAUCCUGGACCAUUCGCUCAGUAUGAUGGCAUCGAAGGUGUCACAGGACGAUUCCUUGGCUGGUGGGCUGUUUUGACGCAGGCUGCUUUCUCGUUCAUUGGAACUGAGAUUGUUGCUAUUGCUGCUGGAGAAGCAAAGAAUCCUCGUCGUACCUUGCCCAAAGCCAUUCGUAGGGUUUACAUCCGUAUAUUGCUUUUCUACGUCGGUGGAACAUUCGUCAUCGGUCUGCUUGUACCAUCAAACAACCCAAAUCUCCAAUUGACCAAUGCAACCGCCGCAAAGUCUCCAUUCGUCAUUGCUAUUGAAACAGCCGGAAUUAAGUCUUUUCCCUCGCUCAUCAAUGCUUGUUUGUUGACUUCUGCAUGGUCUGCCUCAUCUAGUGACUUGUACACUGCGUCUCGUGCGGUUUAUGGUCUUGCAGCCUCAGGAAAUGCUCCCAAGUACUUCCUAAAAACAACACGCAACGGGUUGCCUUACGUUGCUGUCCUCUUCUCCGCCGCUUUCUCCCUUCUUGCUUUCAUGGCUAUAUCCACGGGUGCGGGUUCGGUGUUCAUCUGGCUUACCAACAUGACAGCCAUCGCUGGCCUUUUAACGUGGUUUGGUAUUUCGGUGACGUACCUCCGCUUCUACAAGGGCAUGCAGGUCCAAGGCAUCGACCGUAAGACGCUCCCUUACUACACAAAUCUCCAGCCAUACGCAGCGUGGUGGGGAGCAACUUCAACGGUCGUCAUCUGUCUCCUCAGCGGAUGGAACGUCUUUCUCAAAGGAAAGUGGAACACUGCAACUUUCAUCACCAAUUACAGCGUAUUCAUCGCCUAUCCAAUCAUGUACUAUGGCGCUCGGUUCUACUAUGGUACCAAGCCCGUUGCUGCAAAGGACAUGGACUUCAAGAGCGACAUAGCGGGGAUCGUGGCGGACUCGUAUGAGGAACCCGCGCCAAAGAAUAAGAUGGAAGCGUUCUGGCAAUGGCUGGUGAGCAUUGCUACUCUACUUGACGAUCUUUGA